GUCUAGAGGUAAAAGAGUUAGUUAUUGAUCCUAAAGAACUAGCCUAUCCUGUGAAUACACCAAGAGAAAGGACAAUGUAUGAUGUUUGUGAUUUACUAUCAGCAAUUAAGGAAGGAAGACCAUUUCUUGUGAGUGAUAAAGGACAUAAAGAAUUGAAGGAGAUCCUACCUGGUGAAUUAUUAUCAGAUAUUAGUAACCUGUCACUGUUAGGAGGACGUGAUAUUAAGGAAUUGAUUGACAUAACUGAAGAAUUGAUAUCAUCAUUGACUCCAGAGUCAACAAGUCAAAAAGUCAACUCAUCCACACAGAUCAGUGAGUCUGAUCUUGAUAUUAAGGGAGAUGAAGGAGUAAAGUGUAAUAAUAAUGAAGAUAAAGGAACAACAACUAACACUUUGAAUGAAUCUCAGGAACAUGGAAGUACUUCAAUAGAGAAAGGACAGUCUGAUAUUGAUGUACUUAAGAUUAAUGAUGAAGUACAAGAAACACUCACUGAUAAACUGCUUGAGACAGCAAUUCAAAAUGACAAACCAGCUACUAAUUACUCACCCACACAGAUCAGUGAGUACAAUGAUGAUCAACAAAAAGUUAUAUUGACUAUUGAGAAUCUGGUAGAGGUAAAACAAUUGUUAAAAGACCGUCAAUUUCAAACUAUCGAAUGGUUUGAUCUUGGUCUCUCCUUGGGUCUGAGUUACAAUGAUUUAAAGACAAUUGAGACUAACUAUCCACGAGAUGCUGAGCGAUGUCUCAGAGAAUGUUUAGCAUUAUGGCUUAAAAAUGAUGUUGAAGCAACUUGGAACAAACUAGAUGUAGCUAUUGCAACUGCUGGUAAAGUAGAAGAGACAUCAGUUGCUACUCAUACGAUAGAACAUGAAAGGGAAAGAAGAAAAAAGGGAUGUUCCAAUUGGACAUGGUUCUUUAUCAUAGCUAGUCCAGUGUGUUUUAUUGCCAUUGUAUUAGCUGUCAUCAUGUACUAAUUUCAAAGUUUAUUAUUAUAACUAA